CCAAAAUUCGCGGAACGAAAACAAUCGAAAACUAAACAGUGAUCGAGGCAAAUUCUGCCGUGGCCGUGUAAAAUGAAGCUUACGAUUAAAAUAUUAAAAGGCGAAGAAUACAUUGUUGAGACCACGCCAGACUCUACGAUACAACAGAUAAAGGAAGAAAUCGAGAAGAAAAGUACAAUCCCCGUCGAAUACCAGAAGCUGCUCCUCAUCGGAAAAGCACUAUCGGACGAAAAGACGGUCGCAUCGUACGGCAACAUUGCGGAUGGCACUAAACUAACACUCGUCGUUAAAAAACCGGACCCCCUGCGAGACGUGGUCUAUCGGCACUUUAAACGGUUCCUCCAGGAAGAGCAAUCGCAGCAACUGACGGCUAAAUUUAUGGAUGAUUUUGAACAAAAGUUGCGCCUACUUAGUCUCGACGAUUUAGAGAAAAUUGCUACAGAAAUGCUGGCGAAAAAGGGACAGAGCGUGUAACUCUUAGGUUUUUCCCAGCCGCAGUUGCAAUAAUUCCGUGUUUCCCCCCCUUAUUGAUUGCCUCUUUUUGUUCAUUGGCACACGUUACGAGUAAUAAAAAGGCCCACGAUGCAAAUGUGUA